GAAAAAAAGCCGUCAACCAGCUCACUGGGGUCUGGGGACAGCACACAGGUCAAGGUGGUGCGGGUUAUGGUGGAUGACUCAAAGCCCAAACACACUUCCAAAAAGAACAGGCCAAUCCAAGCAGACCUCGACGUGUCCAAGGAGUUCAACAGAUGCAAAGAUGAUGGCGCACUGCGGUUGGACCUUAGCAACUCUAGCAUCAGCCAGAUCCCUUCUUCAGUACACAAUCUCACACACCUUGUGGAGUUUUACCUUUACAGCAACAAGCUUACCACACUACCCCCAGAGAUAGGAUGUCUGGUCAACCUGCAAACACUUGGAUUGUCAGAAAACUCCCUGACCUCACUCCCUGAUACCUUGGCCAACUUAGAGAAGUUGCGUGUGCUGGACCUCCGUCACAACAAGCUAUGCGAGAUCCCAGAUGUGGUUUACAAACUCACUUCUCUCAUCACACUCUAUCUCAGGUUCAACAGGAUCAGGGUUGUUGGUGAAGAUAUCAGAAACCUUAAAAAUUUAAUAACCUUAUCAUUACGAGGAAACAAAAUUCGGCAACUGCCAGCAGGUAUAGGCGAGCUGACAGGUUUGGCAACGCUGGACGUAGCCCACAAUCACUUGGAGCACCUGUCAGAAGAGAUUGGUAAUUGUAUGUGCCUGCAGACCCUCCACCUGCAACACAACGAGCUCCUUGACCUACCACAAAGCAUUGGCUAUCUGAGAAAUCUUACCUGUUUGGGUCUCAAGUAUAAUCGGUUGACAGCUGUUCCACGAUCACUUAGCAAGUGCAUACACCUUGACGAAUUCAAUGUUGAAGGCAACCAGAUCUCACAACUUCCUGAGGGCCUCCUGAGCUCCCUCUCCAACCUUUCUUCCCUUACUCUCUCACGCAAUGCCUUCAACUCUUACCCUGUAGGAGGCCCUUCCCAGUUCACCAAUGUGCACUCCAUUAAUCUGGAGCACAAUCAGGUGGACAGGAUCCCAUAUGGCAUUUUCUCUCGAGCCAGGCACCUCACCAAGCUCAAUAUGAACUACAAUGGGCUCACAUCACUCCCACUUGAUAUUGGGUCUUGGCAGAAUAUGGUGGAACUUAAUUUGGGUACGAAUCAUUUGACAAAAGUUCCAGAUGAUAUAUCUUGUCUACAGAGCUUAGAAGUUCUUAUUUUGUCAAACAAUAAUCUCAGGAAAAUUCCUUCAAGUAUAGGCAACUUACGCAAGCUUCGGGUGUUGGAUCUAGAGGAGAAUCGUCUAGAAGGGUUGCCACCUGAGAUAGGGUUCCUUAAAGAUCUACAAAGGCUUAUAGUCCAAUCCAAUCAGCUUUCUGCUCUGCCACGUGCUCUGGGGCAUUUAGUCAAUCUAACUCACCUGAGCGUUGGUGAAAAUAACCUGAGUUACCUGCCAGAAGAAAUAGGGACUUUGGAGUCUCUUGAGACUUUAUACAUCAAUGACAAUCCUCAGCUACACAACCUACCCUUUGAGUUGGCACUCUGCACAAAUUUGCAGAUAAUGUCUAUUGAAAACUGUCCUUUGAGUCAGAUACCUCCUGAGAUUGUGGCUGGUGGCCCAUCUUUUGUUAUCCAAUUUUUGAAAAUGCAGGGUCCAUACCGCACAAUGCUGGCACAACAGCUGUGGUUCAUGUCCGUACUGCUUGUGGUUCAGGCUCAUGUGACAGCCUGUCAUCAGUGUUGUCACCAGUGGCAACUGAAAGGAAUCUUGCUUGUGGACGUGAAACCCAGCAGCCAUCUGUGGCAUUUGGGUGACAGCAGAGAGAAGCUUGGAUGUGUCAGGGACGCAGGCUGCCCAUGUGAAAUGAGGUUUGAUCAAGUAGGAAAAGACCUCUUUGCUGGUAUGCCAAAGGUGGAGCACUUGCUUUACUUCAUACCAAAACUGAACAAGAGUAACCAAGUCAUAUUGAUGGUAGCAAUGCAAGGAGGAGGGCCCCCUUCCCCCAUUCAACAAUCACCAUUGGCAGCCAUGUGUGACUUCUCCCCCGCUCCACAUUGGCUGCUGUAUGGUUACUGGAUGACGUUGAAGCAGUGCCAGCCACUAGCCCCGCCUCUACUCUGUGCUGCUUAUGAAAUCAUGAAUGUUGAACUGGAAGUGUUUUACACUAGCGUUCAAGCUGCUGCUCUGUGGAGAUUGACAUUUCAUCAACAAGAACUGCAAGGCAAUGCAAAGAUGAUGGCGCACUGCGGUUGGACCUUAGCAACUCUAGCAUCAGCCAGAUCCCUUCUUCAGUACACAAUCUCACACCUUGUGGAGUUUUACCUUUACAGGAAAAUUCCCAGCAUAUCAACCUGGUUCAAGAUACUUCAUGCAUACCCAGUUACACUACCUGUCCUAACAGUUGAAAACUCCCUGACCUCACUCCCUGAUACCUUGGCCAACUUAGAGAAGUUGCGUGUGCUGGACCUCCGUCACAACAAGCUAUGCGAGAUCCAGAUGUGGUUUACAAACUCACUUCUCUCAUCACACUCUAUCUCAGGUUCAACAGGAUCAGGGUUGUUGGUGAAGAUAUCAGAAACCUUAAAGAAACAAAAUUCGGCAACUGCCAGCAGUAUAGGCGAGCUGACAGGUUUGGCAACGCUGGACGUAGCCCACAAUCACUUGGAGCACCUGUCAGAAGAGAUUGGUAAUUGUAUGUGCCUGCAGACCCUCCACCUGCAACACAACGAGCUCCUUGACCUACCACAAAGCAUUGGCUAUCUGAGAAAUCUUACCUGUUUGGGUCUCAAAUCGUUGACAGCUGUUCCACGAUCACUUAGCAAGUGCAUACACCUUGACGAAUUCAAUGUUGAAGGCAACCAGAUCUCACAACUUCCUGAGGGCCUCCUGAGCUCCCUCUCCAACCUUUCUUCCCUUACUCUCUCACGCAAUGCCUUCAACUCUUACCCUGUAGGAGGCCCUUCCCAGUUCACCAAUGUGCACUCCAUUAAUCUGGAGCACAAUCAGGUGGACAGGAUCCCAUAUGGCAUUUUCUCUCGAGCCAGGCACCUCACCAAGCUCAAUAUGAACUACAAUGGGCUCACAUCACUCCCACUUGAUAUUGGGUCUUGGCAGAAUAUGGUGGAACUUAAUUUGGGUACGAAUCAUUUGACAAAAGUUCCAGAUGAUAUAUCUUGUCUACAGAGCUUAGAAGUUCUUAUUUUGUCAAACAAUAAUCUCAGGAAAAUUCCUUCAAGUAUAGGCAACUUACGCAAGCUUCGGGUGUUGGAUCUAGAGGAGAAUCGUCUAGAAGGGUUGCCACCUGAGAUAGGGUUCCUUAAAGAUCUACAAAGGCUUAUAGUCCAAUCCAAUCAGCUUUCUGCUCUGCCACGUGCUCUGGGGCAUUUAGUCAAUCUAACUCACCUGAGCGUUGGUGAAAAUAACCUGAGUUACCUGCCAGAAGAAAUAGGGACUUUGGAGUCUCUUGAGACUUUAUACAUCAAUGACAAUCCUCAGCUACACAACCUACCCUUUGAGUUGGCACUCUGCACAAAUUUGCAGAUAAUGUCUAUUGAAAACUGUCCUUUGAGUCAGAUACCUCCUGAGAUUGUGGCUGGUGGCCCAUCUUUUGUUAUCCAAUUUUUGAAAAUGCAGGGUCCAUACCGCACAAUGUGAGGGUGAUGUCCCUCGUUACCAGGAGUCACGUCGGGAGGUCCGAGUAGACAUGCAUCAAGAGGAGCAGUCUCGGUGGCUGUUGCUCCCCGGCCGUGCUCUGCCUCUCCUGCACCUCUUACACUGUUCCUGCUGCUCCUACACCCAUAAUUGUAUUUGCUGCUUGUGGUUCAGGCUGGCACAACAGCUGUGGUUCAUGUCCGUACUGCUUGUGGUUCAGGCUCAUGUGACAGCCUGUCAUCAGUGUUGUCACCAGUGGCAACUGAAAGGAAUCUUGCUUGUGGACGUGAAACCCAGCAGCCAUCUGUGGCAUUUGGGUGACAGCAGAGAGAAGCUUGGAUGUGUCAGGGACGCAGGCUGCCCAUGUGAAAUGUGAUAUUGUGCUUUUCUUGUUAGGUAUAAGUGUGUCACAAAGCCAGGCUAGAGGAGGACGAGGUGGUAACUGAAACCUGGCCUGGCUUUGGUCAUGUCUGGUGUGAGAAGCAUGGUAUGGGACAGUGGUAAUGGAAGGGGAGGUGGCCCCCAUCCACUCUUCCAGUCCUUGUACUGGUCACAGGAGGUUUGAUCAAGUAGGAAAAGACCUCUUUGCUGGUAUGCCAAAGGUGGAGCACUUGCUUUACUUCAUACCAAAACUGAACAAGAGUAACCAAGUCAUAUUGAUGGUAGCAAUGCAAGGAGGAGGGCCCCCUUCCCCAUUCAACAAUCACCAUGUUGGAAUUAGAAAAUAAAAAAAAUAAAAUAAAUUAAAAAGAGAGAAAGUAUGAGUGAGUGUUGCAAGAGUGAGUGUGCCGAAUGCACGCAUGAGAGGAACAACAGCGCUGGUGCUCUGUCAGAUGUUGAUUAUGCAUGUAUGGCUGUGCAGGUGUGUGCACAGAGCUGUUCAUAUUAGGUAGCACUGGUGGCAUGGCACUGGUCUCCCCCUACACAAUGGCGUUCACUAUCCAUUAAGUGGCAGCCAUGUGUGACUUCUCCCCCGCUCCACAUUGGCUGCUGUAUGGUUACUGGAUGACGUUGAAGCAGUGCCAGCCACUAGCCCCGCCUCUACUCUGUGCUGCUUAUGUGUGAAUGUCCUGGUGUGUAUAUACUGUAUAUGUAACAUAAGCCUGCUACUAUUAGGUUGCUUCAAACCGUCGCUGUUUUAUCCUCUCAUAAAGUUGCUGUCUCCCAGACCAGUGCUUCAGUGUGUGUGUUUGUAUGUACAAUGUAGUGAGUGUUAAUUGUCACAGAAAUUACACAAAAAGUUUUGUGUGGAUGUGAAUAUCAGUAUUUUCUAGAAAGGCCUGAUUUGCUUUGCUAUGUAAAUAUUUGCUUUAACUAACUCAGUCCAGGAAUAACUAUAUGAAAUUGAUGAAAUUAAAUCAUACUUUGCUUCCUGUGCCAAGCUAAGGCUUUUGUUUUUUGUGUCUAUUUAUAUGAUUUUUUAAAAAUGUUUAGUUACUUUUCAAACUAUGAAACUGACGAGACUAGUUUGGUGGCGACAUCGGACCAGUGUGUCUUGUAUUAAGAAUUAAGUCUUUAUUUAAUACAUUCACAGGAAAUCAUGAAUGUAUUGGAUAGAGUAUUAAGCCAAGAGAGUCUCAUCUAAGCAGGAACGAGUGCCAGCAGUUCGAUGGCCUCAAAGAUACUAGGUGUUGGCAGGUCAUCCCCCUUCUGUCCCCUCAUUCCUGUCAGUAGUAACUUACACUUGGCAAG